AUGGCUUACGAGCCAGGUGAUAUCGCGUUUAUACUAGUAUCUAUCGCCCUUGUCUGGUUGAUGAUACCAGGCAUCGGCUACUUUUACUCUGGAAUGGCCAGAGAAAAGAAUGCACUCUCGCUUAUCAUGUGUUGUUUGAUAUCUCUUGUUGUGGUCACAGUUCAGUGGUUCAUUUGGGGGUACAGCUUAACAUUCAGUGAUAACGCCAGUCCAUUUAUUGGAAACCUUGAUCAUGCAUUUCUACGCAACGUUCUUGAUAGUCCUUCGAUUGGAAGCGACAAGAUCCCAGAACUUUUAUUCUGUGUUUAUCAGGGAAUGUUUGCAGCACUGACGCCAGCUCUCGUCUUUGGCUCUGGUGCUGAACGUGGACGACUGCUGCCUAUGGUCUUUUUCAUCUUUAUCUGGACCACCAUUGUAUACGACACUGUCGCCUGCUGGACUUGGAAUCCACAGGGAUGGAUCGCGAAAUUAGGUGUUUUGGACUUUGCUGGAGGUAGCCCAAUUCAUAUCACGUCUGGAUUUUCAAGCCUAGCUUAUGCAUUGAUCUUGGGACGUCGCCAAACGGACGAAUUCAAGCCCCAUAAUAUGUCCAACGUCAUCUUGGGUACAGCCUUUAUCUGGUUCGGUUGGUUUGGUUUCAACGGCGGCUCAGCUCUUGCUGGUAACUUACGAGCCAUCAUGGCAUGCCUGGUUACCAAUCUUGCAGCUUCCAUGGGUGCGAUCACUUGGAUGUGUUUGGACUAUCGUGUUCAUCACAAAUUUUCUGCUCUCGGCUUUUGCUCAGGAGCUGUAGCUGGCUUGGUGGCUAUCACUCCUGGCGCUGGCUUCGUCAGUCCUGGUUCAGCACUUCUUAUCGGUUGUCUUGGUGCUGUUAGUUGUUAUGCAGCAGUUCGUUUGAAAAAUUGGCUCAAAUAUGAUGAUGCUUUAGAUGUAUUUGCGGUGCAUGGUGUAGGUGGCGUGGUUGGUAGCAUUCUGACUGGUGUCUUUGCUGAAUCUUAUGUGGCUGCUCUUGAUGGUAGCACGAUUAUUACUGGUGGGUGGAUUAAUCAAAAUUGGAUACAGGUUCCGUUCCAGCUUAUUGAUGUAGUUGCAGUGUCCAGUUGGAGCUUUGCAAUUACAUAUGCUGUCUUGUUUCUGAUGAAUCUCGUUCCUGGCCUAUCACUUCGUGUUGACAGUGAAGCAGAAAUCCAAGGACUGGACAUGGCAGAGAUUGGUGAGGUUGCAUAUAAUAAAUCUGAAGCAGGCAGUCAGCAAAAGGUGAAUUGUGAAGAAUAA